AUGGAUCUCUUCUCUCUGCGAGGCCGAACUGCCCUAGUAACUGGAGGCACCCGUGGCAUCGGGCAAGCCAUGGCAAUUGCGUUAGCAGAAGCAGGAGCCGACAUUGUAUUAGUUCAGCGAGAUACCAGUAACCUCGGCACAAAGGAGCAAAUUGAGAAGUUGGGCCGCAAAGCCAGCAUUUAUACGGCCGAUCUAGCUUCACAACCGUCUGUUGCCAAACUGGUGUCGACCGUGAUCGGUGAUGGCCAUGAUAUUGAUAUUCUGUUGAACUGCGCCGGGAUUCAACGGCGCCAUCCAAGCCACAUCUUCCCGGACGAAGACUGGGAUGAGGUCCUCCAAGUUAAUCUGACCACUGUUUUCACUCUCUGUCGUGACGUCGGGGCAUACAUGCUCACCCGCACACCAAAUACCUCAGGACAACGUGGUAGUAUCAUCAACAUCGCAUCACUAGUUUCAUUCCAAGGAGGUCUCACUGUACCUGCCUAUGCUGCAGCCAAGGGAGGCAUCGCACAGCUAACCAAGGCCCUGUCCAACGAGUGGGCGUCCAAGGGAAUCAAUGUUAACGCCAUUGCGCCUGGGUACGUUGCGACAGACAUGAACACGGCGUUGAUUCAGGAUAAAGAGCGGGCGGCGAGUAUUCUAGCGCGUAUUCCUGCUGGCCGCUGGGGGAAUCCAGAUGAUUUUAAGGGAUCAGUGGUGUAUUUGGCCAGUCGGGCGAGUGCGUAUGUGAGUGGUGAAAUUCACACAGUGGAUGGAGGAUGGAUGGGACGGUGA